GGUCCUGAAACUCUACGGUUUCUGCCUGUCACGCCUGCUCCGGAAGCGGCUGCCGGAGUUCCACCGUACGCUGGCUGGUAUUGACGACGUCCUUGGCUUCAAGUGGUUUGGCACGCUCUUCACGACCGUGCUGCCCCGCGAGGCCGCGCUCCGCGCGUGGGACGUCAUCCUGCGGGACGGGCUGUCGGCCCUGCUGGCCCUGGCGCUGGGCCUCUGCUCCCUGGUGGCGCCCGCGCUCGCCGCGGCGGUGAAGGAGGGCUCGGAGGCCCCCGAGUUCAUGGGCCUGCUGCAGAGGCGGCUGGCGGUGGACCCCGCGCCGCUGCUGCCAGCGGACUGGGCGCCGGCCAGGGGCCGCGAGGCGGAGCAGAGAGCCAGGAAGGCGGGCCAGCGCUUGAUCGAGGCCGCGGAGGAACAGAGGUGCAGCCUCGAGGAGCUGUCGUCGCUGCUCGAGCUGUGGCGGCAGGAGCGCCCAGCGGAUGCCUCCGACCUGGACGCGGGGUUCGAGUGGAGCUACCUGAUUUGAUCCCGGCAUCCGUCUUGACGCGACGAAUCUGACUACUUGUGUUAUCCAGCGUGUGCCCCAAGCAGUUGUUUCCUGCAACCUGCGCGGUGCAGUCCAGGUGGUGCAGUGAGUCUACACUAAACCAGCAUGCUCCUCCUCUUCCUCGUUGCUCCGUUGUGACCCUUUCGUGGCUCUCGCGGGACGGAGUCUGAGGCUUUGCUUUCCUGUGUUAUGCCAGUAGUGCAUGCCAUUUGUUGUUUCACGCUCUCGGCAUCACUGCCGGCUCAACUUGCCACGUGAUUUAGCCCCUGCUGGUUCGGCGCGGCAUAUGGUCGUGCUUAAUCCAGAAUUCGGAAGUGACGCGGGCAUUCGCAGACAACGUAGUGCGAGGUCCAGCGCACGGGGCCAACGGGGAGCGGUCGAGGCUGGCGUCAAGCGGUGCGCGUUCGCAGAUUGGCCACUAUCGUCCCGUGUAAACUUCAGGAGGGGAA